AAUGCAUGGAGUAAAAACCGGUGCUCAGACAUGCCCGACUUGCUUCCGAAGUUUUCGUGGAACUCAAGGCCAGGGACCUGCCAACGACCGUUUCCUGCAGCCUCUGCUGUUACACUGCGGCCACACAUUCUGUCAGGGGUGCAUCACCAAACAGGUGAAGGUGUUAAAGACAAGCGUAGCAUGCCCAACCUGCCAAGUAGUCACCCGUAUGCCCCAGGGCGAGACGAGCGUCGUUCAACUCCCUGCCAACUACUAUGUACUGGGGCUGUCAUCAUGGAACUCCAAACAUGUGGUUGAUAUGUUUGACAAGAAGACUGUUUCACAAUCUCCGGCCAACCUCACCUACCAUGAAGUCCAAUUACAAGGAGGUGCAGAUUUGUGCGGUAGUUGUCUUCGGGUCUUGGCAAGCUGCGAGUGCAAACAAUGUGAGAAUGCCAAAUACUGCCGGCCGUGUUAUAACAGAGUCCAUCGUGGAUCUCGAUCUCUCAUGACUCAUAAUGCUGUGCCAGUCUCUACUUCAAAGGGACGCGGUGGAUGUUGUAAGGAGCAUGAAGGUAGAGACUAUGAGUUCUUCUGUCAGGAAGACCAGGUGCCAAUAUGCGCUCUUUGCGCUCUGAUGGGAACGCAUAAAGGUCACGGUAUCACCCAUCUGGCUGAUCAAGAUAAAGAAGCAUUCCAAGAGCUCAGACCAACCCUUGAGACGGCUAAAGAUGCUCUGAAACAACAGUAUUAUGCUCUACAGAUGACAAAAGAAGUCAAGCAAGAUAUCGGCAAGGACAUGGUCCAGGUUUCUGAUCUUGUCAAGGCUUCAUUUUCUCGGCUCCAUUCUGAGCUUCAACUCAGAGAGCACAAACUACUAGAUCAGAUCGUCACCGUCUCAGCCCAGCAUCAGAAGUAUCUGAUUUCAAUGCUGACAAAUAUAGAAGGGAAUAUCAGCAUCAUGGAAUCGGCCAUGGUUGAAGCCAUGAUGGCCCUAGAGGACGAGUCCGAGCUUCCUUCCAACGUGACCAGUCUCGUCCAUCUACUCAAGUCCAGUAAGAAUCUACCAUGUCACGUCGUCGUUCCUGAUUCUCCGCAACCCGUGAGUCAAUUCAUGUACAACAGCGACGUCGUCAAAAGUAUGAUCACGUUCGGAGCUGUUGAUAUCUCCUCUGAACCAAGAUUACAGUUAAAGACAGCUGACGAUCUCCCAGAUGAUUGGACGCCUCCUGAGAUCAAUGAAGACGUCCUGGCCUCGUCGGCAAUUCACACUUUCAAGGCAAACUCACUCAAAGAAAAAGAAUCCAGUAAAGCUAAAGGUGUUUCUGUAAAACAAGAGCCACUUUCUCCAAGAAGCCUGAACGAUGGCUCACCAGGAGGGAAAUACAGCAGACAAAACUCGGGUGGCUCUGUAAAACAAGAACCACUCUCUCCAAGAACACUGAAUGAUCUUUCACCCGGAGGGAAAUACAGCAGACAAAACUCAGGUGCUGGAGCGGCUGCUUCACCACAAUUUGGGAAGAAUGAACGCACACCACGGAGAGAGAAACCCAAAGAUAAAUCAACUAAACUCAAGAGGAUUAAUGCAGCUCCAAAAGGUGUUCUUAAGAAGGAGCUUGUACGAGUGACGCACAUCCGUAAUCCUUGCUGUUUCUAUAUCCAACGAGAGUCCGAUCAGCCACAACUCAGUAAUAUGAUGGUGGGAAUCAACAGAGAGUGUAAGCUGGUGCCCGAACAUAACAGACUGCCAAAUGACCUCAGCGAAGGUGCUCUGAUGGCUUGCCUCUAUGAGACUGACAAAACGUGGUACCGAGCCCGGAUCAAAUCCGUCGCCACAACCGAUCCCGAUAUCCCCCGCCCUAAAACACCCUCCGAGACUUCUCUUCUAAGCUCCACCCCUACCUUAGAACAGGAAACGCCAGAGAGCGCGUCAGGCGCAGAAACUCCUCGCGAAGGGGGAACGGAAGACGACACCAUGUCGGACGUCAAAUCCGAAGUCGGGUCGGAGGCGAGUUCAGAGGUCAGCCAGGAUGUGCUGCUUGAGGUCAUCCACGCUCAGGUCAAGGCAGAGGUCAAUUCUGAUGUCAAGUCAAAGGUCAAAGUUGAGGAGCCGAAGGUGGAAGUGAUGUAUGUGGAUUAUGGGAAUAAGGAAUGGGUGUCACUCUCAAAGUUGUGUAGGUUGAAACCCAAGCAUGAGAACAUACCAGAUUUAGCUGUCUGUUGCUCUCUCACUGACAUCGUGCCAACUAGAAAGUCCGGUCGCUGGUCCAUGGAGGGUGUAAAGAGCUUUGCUAAGAUGGUGGGUGAUAAACCGAUAUACAUGAGUAUUCUUGGUCACUCAGGAGCGACUCUGUACGUAGAUCUUCACAAGCUCCCAAUCCAAGAGGUGGAGAAUGAUAUGCCGAUUUCCUUGCGAGAUGCCUUGGUGUUUCUUGAGCUUGCCUGUUUUGUGUCCCCAGAGUCAGUGCCUGAAGCAUCUUCCUCGAGAGGCACACUUCUCAAGUUCAUCCCAGCUGAUCUACCCGCCCUAGGAGAGGAAAUCUUGGCUACUGUCAGCCACUUCCAAGACCCGCUGUGUUUCUGUGUACAGGAGAUUGCAGCGGAUAGUGAGUACCUUCUUAAGAUGACGAAAGACCUUCAGGAAACCUACUAUAAGAAGGUUGAUGACCGCUGGAAUAUACUGUGCCCCAAGGUUGGCUCAAUCUGUGUGGCCAAAUUCUCCGAGGAUAAACAGUGGUCAAGAGCGGAGAUUGUUGCUCUACCAGGGAAGCAGCUAGUUGACGUCUUGUAUGUAGAUUAUGGUAACUACGAGAGACUCCAUUGUUCAGAACUGCGGAAAAUUCCUAAGAAAUUCCUCAAGUUAUCCAUACAGGCUUUGCCCUGCUCUUUAGUUGACGUUGGACCCAAGGAUCCAGAGCUAGGAUGGUCGGCUGAGGAGACCAAGGGCUUCGGAGAUAUCAUUUUGACCAAAGCUCUUCGGGCAACGGUUAAAGGCAUAAACAAAGGAAGAUUGUCAGUUAUUCUAAUGGAGGACAGACAGGGACGUGAGAUAAACAUCAACGCUCUGUUAGUGCAGAAGGGGUUUGGCCAGAGCACAGGUCCAGGGUCAGUGAGUGCAGCCAUCAUCUUUGAAAUGCCCCACCUUGACAUCUCCGAUGACGACACUCUCCAGAACCAAGACCCAUCCUUCUCUGAUCCCGAAACCGACACCCAACCGGACACCCCAUCCCAUAUUCCCAAGACAAACAGUGUGGUCGUGGAGAAUCGCAUCUCACCGUCACCAACUCGGUCCAACACGCUUUCGUCCAAGGCUAGAAGUCAGUAUACUGCGGUUCAUGUCAGCCACGUGGAGUCGCCGGCGUGUUUGUUUAUUCAGCUCUCAACGGCGGGUACUGAUGGUCUUAACAGGUGGGUUACAAAGAUGUUGACAUUUAUACUAUUUCUCAAGUACAGUUAA